AAAAAAAUCAGAGGAUCUCGUCGCCGUUCACGAUCGAAGAUGCCAUACGAUUACUGCUUCAAGUACACCAUCAUCGGUGACCCAGGCGUUGGGAAGACCUGCUUGCGGCUGCAGUUCACAGACAGGACGUUCCAGGCGGUGUACGAACCCACCGACGACAUCGACUUCGGCACGCGCACUGUCACCGUGGACGACAAGGCCAUAAGGCUUGAGAUCUGGGACACGGCUGGCAAAGGAGUAUGCAGACCUGUAAUUAGGCAAUUCUACUGUAGAACUCCUUGCAUUGUUUUGGUUUAUGACAUCACAAGGAGGGAGACUUUUAACCAUAUUGCUAUAUGGCUAGAUGAAGCAGGAGAGCAAUCCAGAGCUGACGUAACAUUUCUGCUGAUUGGAAACAACUGUGAUCUGUCUAAUAUGCGUACUGUCAGCUAUGACGAAGGUCAAAAUUUUGCCAAGAAGCACAAUCUGCUAUAUGUGGAGGCCUCUGCAAAAACUAAACAAAAUGUUGAGGAGGCAUUCAUUCUGGCCGCUAAAAAGAUAUACAAGAAAGUCGAAGAUGGUGCCCUUCAUUUAUCUCAAAAGUCUAUUGUGUUCCUUCGUUUACCUGAGAAUAUUUCGCCGAGCCAAUAUGGAGGUGCAGCUGGAUCGUCACCGUGGCGUUUGUGGACAAAGUUUAUGGGAUUCGUACAGAGUCUCAAUUUCCUUCCAAAGUUUACAGGAUCCAUACUACAUAUACUCAGCUUCUUACCAAAGUUUUUGGGAUUCAUGCAUAGACUCAGUUUCUUGCUGAAGUUUGGCACAAAUGCGGCGUGGUGGCCAUUUUCUACGCCCCAGCUUUUCUCCGGCUGCCACAGUUUGCCUAAGAACCCCGAGAAGGAGCUUCUGCUGAAAGACGAGCAUGAAGUGUGAAGAUCGCCUCGGUGAGAAAGCAGAAAUUCAGACAAACAUGCCCCAUUCCACCGAGCUUCAGAACUGAACGAUCGUAUGCUGAAGGCAUCGGCAAAUCGAAAUGCAAAUGCUAGAUUACACUGUAUAUCUGAAUGAGUAGCUGUUUGUACCGUA